AUUUAAUUUUAAAUUUUAAACCAUUAGAUUUUUUUUAUAGAUUCGAACUUGGAUUUGAUUCAUUUGAAUCUAGAUUGGCUAGAGGAGCUGCUGUUGGUUUACUUAAAUCCAAAGGGAUUCAAAUGAGCCAAAAAUGA